AUGGUGCGGUAUGAUGUAAAGCAAGUUAUCUGUUCAGUUUGUGACACAGAGCAGUCUGUUGCCCAUGUUUGUACAAAUUGCGGCAUCAACAUGGGAGAAUACUUUUGCGACGUGUGCAUAUUCUACGACGAUGAUAUUGACAAAGGACAGUUUCAUUGUGAUGAUUGUGGGAUCUGCAGAGUUGGCGGCCGUGAGAACUUCUUCCACUGCAAGAAGUGUGGCUCUUGUUAUGCAGUUAGUUUGCGUAACAAUCAUUCGUGUGUAGAAAACUCCAUGCGACAUCACUGUCCUAUAUGUUACGAGUAUCUGUUUGACUCCUUGAAAGACGCAACCGUUAUGAAAUGUGGACACACCAUGCAUCGUGAAUGUUACCAUGAGAUGAUAAAGCGUGACAAGUACUGUUGCCCAAUUUGCUCUAAAUCGACCAUGGACAUGUCUGGAACCUCGAAGAGAAUAGAUGAAGAGCUACUCUGCAUAUCAGUAGUAGUUUUCUCUUCUUGCAAAUUAUGCUUUAUGGUUCAAAGCUAG